CUCAGCUGCUCCCAGCCCUAUAAGCUGGAAUAUCUCAGUGCCCUGGAAGGAGACACACACACACAUUUCAGCAGGACUGCAGUGAGAUAGCUGCCCUGCAUCUGUCUGCCUCCCUCUCCCUCCCCUUCCCCAAUCACAGAUGCUCCCUUUCACAAGUAACUCUGUGAUUUGCACUGGAUACCAGGAGCCAUAGUCAGGGUCUCCCUAUGGAGAGAGGCUCACUGGACUGAAGCAUGUUACGCCUAAAUAAUUAGGCAAGAGAGAGAGAGACUACGGAGAUGGUGAGGAUGGAUGAGAUUAGUGUAACAGGCUGGUGGGCUUGCACUGAGGAUGGUGUACACAAUUCUCACAAGGCACCAAGGCUUUUGCUGCAACCUCACUGAGGAUCCCAGCUUCCUAUCUCUUAGCACUGUGCGGCAAGGCUGGAGAGGUACAGACAACAACAGAAUCCCGGGAGAAGGCUCAAUGACGGUUUCCAGCCAUGCAAUGUUCUUGGAAGGCUGUCCUCUUAUUAGCGCUAGCCUCAAUUGCUAUUCAGUACACAGCCAUCCGAACCUUCACCACCAAAUCCUUUCACAUGUGCCCAAUUCCCAACCCAAACAACUGCAGCCCUGGGCAGGACCCCACAGACUAUCCUGAUCGUCUGUGCGAAGAUGGACAGCCGGUAAGCACUAAUAUUUCAAGGAAGACACAUAUUCUCAUACUGGCCACCACCCGCAGUGGGUCUUCCUUCGUUGGACAGCUCUUCAAUCAGCACUCUGACGUCUUCUACUUAUUUGAGCCACUUUAUCAUGUUCAGUACACCUUGAUCCCCAAAAUGACUCAGAGUAAAAGCCCUGCCGACAGGAGAGUUAUGUUGGGUGCAAGUAGAGACCUAUUAAGAAGUCUGUAUGACUGUGACCUCUAUUUUAUGGAAAACUAUAUCAAGCCACAGCCAGUUAACCACACUACUGAUAGACUAUUCAGAAGAGGGGCAAGCAAAGCCCUCUGCGCUCUCCCAGUCUGUGAUGCUCUAGGACCUACUGAUAUUUACUUAGAGGAAGGAGACUGUGUUAAGAAAUGUGGGAGCUUGAAUUUGACACUGGCCAUGGAGUCUUGCAAGGACCAUGGGCACGUGGCUAUUAAAACAGUCCGUGUGCCUGAGGUUAAUGAUCUACGAGCUUUGGUGGAGGAUCCCAGGCUGAAUUUAAAAGUGAUCCAGUUGGUAAGGGACCCAAGAGGCAUACUAGCUUCUCGCAGUGAGACAUUCAGGGACACUUACAGGUUGUGGAGGAUCUGGAGGGCUACCGGUCGCAGACCAUACAAUUUAGACUCCACUCAGUUGACCACCGUUUGUGAGGACUUCUUAAACUCCGUAUCUACUGGGUUUAGCCGGCCACUGUGGCUGAAGGGACGCUACAUGCUCUUGAGGUACGAAGAUCUGGCUAGGAACCCCAUGAAAAAGAUGGAGGAGAUCUAUGACUUUGUGGGUAUUCCACUGGAUGCGAAUGUGGAGAGGUGGAUUCUGAAUAACACCCGAGGUGACCAGUCCUCAGCCAAACACAAAUAUGGCACGGUCAGGAACUCGGCAGCCACAGCUGAAAGCUGGAGACUGACUUUGUCAUAUGAUAUUGUAGAGUUCACACAGAAUGCCUGUAGGCAGGUUCUUAUCCAACUGGGCUACAAGACUGUGGGCUCGUCCCAGGACUUGAGAAAUCUUUCCUAUACCCUGAUUGAGGACAGAUCUUUUAUGCCUUUUUUGUGAUGGUCUAUUUAAUGGUAACUACAGGUGGCAAAGGUAUUACAAAGGACACACACACGUGUUCAGAGACAAAUUGAGGAAGAAAACAAAACAAUAUAUUUUUUUAGGAGACCUUCCCCCUUCUUGUUUCUCUCGGGAAAGCAAGUUGCACUACAAAGGGUGGAGUAAUAAAGCACAUGAAACAAAAUUGGGAAUUAUGCCUCCGCAAGACUUGAAGCUGUUUUCAUAGUGGCGUUUAAUACUAGAGAUGGCUGUUAAGCCCGUACAGCUCUUUAUUGUCAGAAAUUGUUAGCAAUGCAGUACGAGCGUCUUAUUUGUGUUAUGUGAGGAUAGCCUUAAAUUGAUGUUACCAAAAGGACAUAUUAUGAAGAGGCGUGGGUUUCUCAUCAGCGGGCAUAAUCCUGGCAGACUAACUUCUGUAAACGAGAAGUGUACAAAGACAAAUUUCAGCCCCAGCUCACACAAUGUACAAAGCUUAUGCGGCUGUAGAGGGUGUUACAAUGUUUACAAAAAACCAAAACACAAGGUAUAUUCUUCUGAAGUAUAUACAAUUGUUCCUGUCGUUCUGGGUACGCUGUAGGGUGAGGGCAUUUGCACAAGUUUUUGAAUCAUGUUGUAAUAUUUAUAAAUGUUUAUAAAGAGGUCUGCAUUGAAGAUGAAUGUGUCUUUUUCGCUCUUGAACAGUAGAGGUUAAAAAGAAAACAAAACAAAACCCUGGAGCUUUGUCUAGAAUACCUUGGAUUUAUGUGUGUGACAUUUCAAAAAUAAACGGGGGAAUCCUCA